CAGCCCUCUCUCUAGCCCUAGAACAAUCCGUCGAGGAAUUAGCUAUGGAGAACGGGAAGAACGCCAACACCUCGCCGGAGGGGGCCAACUGCCGCCCGGCUUUCGGAUGGGCCGCCAGAGACACCUCCGGCGUCCUCUCGCCCUUCAACUUCUCCCGGAGGAAAAAUGGGGAGAACGAUGUGACCAUCAAGAUCUUGUACUGCGGCAUCUGCCACUCCGACCUCCACUGCAUCAGGAACGAGUGGCACAACGCCAUCUACCCGAUCGUGCCUGGUCACGAGAUCGUCGGCGUCGUCACCGAGGUGGGCGGCAAGGUGGCCGGGUUCAAGGUGGGCGACCACGCCGGCGUGGGCUGCAUGGUCAACUCCUGCCGCAGCUGCCACGAGUGCGAGCGGCACCUCGAGAACUCCUGCCCCGGGAUGGUCCUGACCUACAACGCCACCGACGUCGACGGCACCAUCACCUACGGCGGAUACUCGGACUCCGUCGUGGUGGAGGAGCACUUCGUGGUGCGGUUCCCGACGGGCAUGCCGCUCGACCGCGGCGCGCCGCUGCUCUGCGCCGGCAUCACGGUCUACAGCCCCAUGAAGCGCUUCGGGUUCGAUGUCCCCGGGAAGCACCUCGGAGUGGUGGGCCUCGGCGGGCUCGGCCACGUCGCCGUCAAGUUCGGCAAGGCCUUCGGCGCCAAGGUGACGGUGAUCAGCACUUCGCCGAGCAAAAAGCAGGAGGCCGUCGAGCGACUGGGCGCCGACGCUUUCCUGGUCAGCAAAGACCCAGAUCAGAUGAAGGCUGCAAUGGGGAGCAUGGAUGGCAUAAUCAACACUGUUUCAGCGUAUCACGAUAUCGUUCCUCUGCUGUCUCUUCUGAAAACUCAUGGAACAAUGGUCAUGGUGGGUGCCCCUGAGAAGCCACUGCAGGUCCCUAUCUUCUGCUUAAUUGGGGGCGGAAGGUGUCUGGCAGGGAGCAACAUUGGUGGAAUUAAGGAGACACAGGAGAUGAUAGAUUUUGCCGCGGAGCACAACGUGGCAGCAGAUAUCGAACUUAUCAGCAUGGAUUAUGUGAAUGAAGCCAUGGAGAGGCUCGCGAAAACGGAUGUCCGCUAUCGAUUUGUUAUCGAUAUCGGGAACACCUUGCACGCUGCUUAAGGAGAUGAGAAGGAUUGUGGCUAAGUAAUUUGAGUUUGGUAUCAUGGUUCUACCUUCUAUUUGCAACACAAGAUAUUGAGUCUAUUGACUGUGUAGUUCUUGGAUAAACAAGAGCUGCUUUGUAUUAUUUUUCUUUUCUUUUUCUUUCUGUUAAAUUUGCAAUGGAAUGCUCGACUAUUAUUAAGUAAUGGAUAUGCUCAGUGUAAGGGUGCAAAGCUGAAUAAUAAGGAAAUAUUAAUAUUUGAGUUCGUAUAA